GUGUGUCUUCCUCUGACUCCGCCUCCAUUAUUAGCAGGGUAUAUGUACUGCUGCAGACUCUGUGAUCCAACAGAAGAAACAGCUCACCUGCAGACCAUAAAGCUGCUAUUCAUCCACAGAGCUGAGACACACACUUCACACAAUGGCUGGGGAUCAACGCGUUGUAAUCAGUGCUCACAUUAUUGGAGCUGUGCACAGGGACACACCUAAACUCAAGAUGUUCAUGACUUCUGUGUUGUGGUCGGACAACACUGAAGUGAUCAUUUACAGGUCCUUCCAGGAGUUCAGGAAAUGCCAUAUGCAGCUGAAGAAGAGAUUCUCUAUCAUGAACAUUUUCAAGAAAAAGGACAGAGUGAUCCCCAAAUUUAGAGGACAGGCCAGGAAGAGCAGCCAGAAGAAAGGAUCCAAGCGCUCCAUCCAACGCAUGAAGUUCCUGGAGAGCUACUGCGAGAAACUUCUGAAGUGCGAUCAAAGUGUGACACGGACCCCAGAGGUGACUCAGUUCUUCAUGCCCAAAGAUCACGACCUGCUGCCAGACUUCACCAAGAACAGCAUCAUGAUCCUGAUGUCGGAUUGUGGAGGAGGAGAAGUUUCUCACCAGCCUAGAGGCAGCGUCACUCACCCGUUUGUCACCCAGACUUACUCCUGCGUGGCCGCCUACGAGACAAAGGAUACCAAGAAUCGUCCGUUUAAGGUCGCUGUGGACGAGACGCUGGACGUGCUGAUCAAAGAUCCUGCAGGUUGGUGGCUGGUUGAGAACGACUCAAAGGGUUUGGCUUGGUUUCCUGCUCCCUACCUGCAGUUAUUGGACGGAGAGGAUGAGGAAGACAAUGUAUUCCAGCAUGCAGUUGAGCUGUACUGUGCCGUGAGGAGUUACACAACGAAGAGGCACGAUGAGGUGUCUGUGCCCAUCGGCUCCGUGGUGGAGGUGCUGAGGAAGUCUGACGACGGCUGGUGGCUCGUCAGAUUCAAUGGCAAGGCAGGUUACACCCCCCUCCAUGAACCUUCAGCCCUAUAGCAACCCUCGGGCCGGCCUCUACAGCCUGCAGAGGAAGCUGCACAGCUCCACCCUGAACCUGGCCUCCAGCAGGGAGGCUCCGGCUUUACGUCGAUCCAGCGAUGACACCGGUCUGCGAAGUAAUUCUGCAGCUCAGUUCAGAGGGAGUCUCCACAAGGCCCGGUCCCUGGACGUCCUCUCCGAGACCCGGACGCAGAUGGAGAGAGAUGCAGAAGAAGCCCGAGCACGAAGCAUGAGCAACACGAGCACCGAUACCAGCUUCUCCGACUUCGAA